GUUAUUGUUUUUUCUCUUUGCUUUGCUCUCACCGCAGGAACUAGUCUCUCGGUUAAUCCUAUCUCGGCAGUAAAUCAUAUUGAAGUGCUUAUUCUUGCAUUCAUUUUACAAAUGACUAGCUUCCCUGCUUAAAAUAUUCUCAAAUCACAACCGGCGAGGAAUCUGAGACAACCAUGRCACAUCACGCAUAGUUACAUUGGCAAAGAUCGAGGGGUCCCCUUGUCUAAGGACGCCGACCAUUUCCACGUUUCAAAAUUCAAACUUGUCUUUAACAAAACCCUCAAAACUGCCAUAGAAUCUAUCCAAUGGGCACCAGCCAGAGUCGAAAUGCAYCCAAACUCGGUAAAUCGGUGGAACUUUUUGUUUUGAAGUCGCGCUACGCGGUUAAAAAUUAUGUAAAGUUCUUCACAGGGUGUCAGACAAGCGGUUUUUGUUUAGUCACGUGAUUCAACAAGCACCUGUUUGAGGUAGGCCUCGCAUCCGUAUUCAUUGAUAUUCAUACAAGGCAAGUGCCGAAGAACAGCCUUAAAAACGCUCGGCGCUUCGUCGCCUUCAAGCGAUGGAGAAAAAUGAUUUGGUGAAGUUUCGAAGUGAGUGUCUUUCCGCGCACAAUUUCUACCGCUCGCUCCACGCUACCACACCUUUGAUAUGGUCGAGUAAACUCGCAGACGGCGCGCAACGAUGGGCAGAAGAACUUGCUUCAGCGGAUUCCCUCACGUACAGUCACGAGCGCGGAGUAGGGGAGAAUAUAGCCUGUCUUUGGGGCUCUGACGUAACUGGGAAUAAGGUCACUCAGAUCUGGUACGAGGAAGCAAAGCACUAUGACUACAGUGUGCCACGGGUGACGCCUAUCACUCGCCCAUUCUGUCAAGUUAUUUGGGAGGGAAGUCGUGAGCUGGGAGCCGGGAAAUCCACUACUAAAAAUGGCAAACAAAUUGUAGUUGCUCGAUAUAAUCCUCCCGCGACCAGAAGAAAUGCAGAACGGAACGUCAAGAAACCCCGACUGGACAGGAUCGACGGGGAUUCUUCGCUUGUGCCCCAUUCGCUCGGUCUUCGUAAAUUCCAAGAAGAAUGCUUAUUUGCACAUAACGAGUUUCGAGUAUUACAUGGAUCUCCGCCUCUUCACUGGUCCCCCUCCUUAGCAUGGGCAGCGCAGCAAUGGGCCGAGGAGCUAGURCGCAUGGGCGAACUCAAGCACAAUGACGACGAGAUGGUUGGAGAGAAUUUGGCGGGAAUGGUGGGGGACGAGCUGACUGGGAAGGAGUGUACUGACAUGUGGUAUGAUGAAGUUUCUGAGUACGACUACGACAGCCCGGGUUAUAGUGAAGAUACCUCCAACUUUACACAGGCCGAACUAUGGUAUCAAGAAUCAACAAGCUACGACUUCGAUAGUCCCGGCUUCAAACUCGAAACGCGGAGCUUCACGCAGCUUCURUGGCUYACGAGUCGUAAACUCGGUGUUGGUAAAGCAUGCAAUGACAACGGACAAUGCGUAGUCGUCGCUCGUUACGAACCCGUAGGCAACAUUGAUGGGCUAUUUGUUAAUAACGURCGGAARCGUGGCCAUGAACGUAACACAGUUGAGCCUGUGUUGUUUGAAAGCGACGUGAAAUACAGGAUUAAAGUGAAUGGGCGACGGAGCUUGAGGAUGAGCUGGGAAGUUGAAGGUGCAAUGUUACAAGCCGAAAACAAACAUCAUGACCAAACAAGGCGCAAAGAACAAUCGCAGCCGGCUUACAUGUCCUCCCCCGAAACAUUCACCAGGCUGGUCUGGAUAGAAAGCCCUGUCUUGCCGAGGAGACGCAUGAGGCCCGAGUCGAGCGAUCUGGAAAAAGAAGACCUGGACAAGUCCGACGAGGACAAGGAAUCUGGAGUUGAAGAGGGCGAGGAGUUUGACAAUGAAGAGCCUUUGUUCACAGUGGUGCACGCCACUGAGCAAGCAAAGAUAGAAACUUUUGAGCAAGCUCUUGUCUACAAUGAACCAAAACGUACUGAAUUCUCCCCCGAUGUGCGUAGAUCGUUGUCGUUGGACUCUCAAGGCACGGAACCAGAGCCUGAAGAGGGGCGUGUCAUGUCACGUGUUGCCUACUUUGAGCAGUUUGAGAAAAUGGAGGAAAAACCAAAACGCUCGUCGGUGGAAMURAAACCUGAAGUAAAAAAGACUGAGGAACACGAAGAAACAGUGUGUCAACUCGAGUACGACGACGUCUUCCCGAAGCACGACGAACGUGACGAACGCGACGACGACUUCGCUUCCGAAGAGGAGGCGGAGGACGACGACGAUGAUGGAAUGAGUCUAGAAACUGUAUCCGAAGCGGAUGAAGAUUUACUAGGAGAGCUUGAUGAAUUUGAAAUGGACCAUCACAUUAAAUCUUACUGUUAUGAACAAAACUAUGUACGGGAUCAAGACGAAGACAAUACUGUUGAUGAAAACCAGGAGGAAACUGAGAAUCGGGAUUCGUCGCCUGAUCACUGUUACGCUGUKUCUGUGAAGCGCGAACAAGCUGCGGARGAACACUUAAAAAACGUUGAUCAUAUUUUUGAAUUUAUCCCUCGUAAUAUCGAAAAACAAAACAAGRAUGUAGAUUUAAAAAAGGUUGACUUAACAGACACUGAAAAAGAACAAGAACUUUUUAAAUUUGAAACAACAACUGAUAAACCUGGAAGAUAUUCAGGUCCUGUUUGUAAAGAGGAGGUUCUGGAAACUCAUCGUGAAAAGCGAGAAAAUAAUCUCGAUGAAAUGGUGACACGUUUCGAUGAAAAACCCAAAUCAAAGCCACCGCCARCGUUACCAAAACCGCAACGCAGCAAGCAAGAAAUAUCAAAUAAACAAGUAGAAACAAAUAAAGUAAUUUAUACACUAAAAGCUGAGGAAACUGUGCCUGAAACUGUUGAAGAGAAAUAUUCGACUGUCGUGGAGCCAAAAGAGGAGUUACYUAAGGACGAUAAAGUAAUUUAUACUCAGAAAGUUGAGGAAACUGCRCAUGAAACUAUGGAAGAGAGACAUUCGAUUGUCGUGGAGCAAAAAGAGGAGUUACCCAAGGAAGAUGAGGAAUCUGUGCCUGAAACUGAGGGAGAUAAAUAUUCGACUUGUGUGGAGCAGGAAGAGGAGGUUCCCGAGGAAGAUGAAGGAACUUUUACGCAAAAAGCUACGGAAACUGUUGAAGAGAAGUAUUCCGAAGUUGUAGAGCAGAAAGAGGAGRUUCCCAAGGAAGAUGAAAUAAUUUAUACGCAAAAGGCUACGGAAACUUUUCCAAUUGAGAAGCAGAAAGAGGAGGUUUUCAAGGAAACUGAACUAAGUAAUGAUGAGGAAGAAGCGGCGGAAUUUUCGGACGGCGAAGCCAUGGAAGUAAUCGAUAUAGCUCAUAUAGAUAGAGACAGGCGUGUUCAUAAGAUUUUAAACAGAUUAGGGCGUCAUAUUGAUCUUAUUCCACUCGAACAAUCUCCGAAAAAAGGAGAUAUUAGUAAAGACAUUGAUCUCACUGAGAGUGAAGAUGAAAAGGCAUUAUUUGACUUUUAUACGCCGCCUUCUGAUAAACGAUCUUGGAGCACUAGCCCAGUUGAGGAGGAAAUGAUCACAGCUCAGGAGAAACUAAAAGUUGAAAGUGAGAUUCCUUGGGAAGAAUUAUUCAAAGAUGAAGAUGAAUCGUCAGAAAAAGAAGAAGAAGAUGAAAGUAAGACUUUGGAAACUUUUGGAAGACCAAUGCCACCAGAAAAAAGGAGAAGCGUAAGCUUCAAAGAAACCGUCAUAGUACAAGAGCAUGAAGCCUUUCGGGAAGAACCACUUCAGGAUGAGUACGAGUACUGCGAAGAAGAAUCUGAAGAAGAUCUGAAAACAUACGGUKAAGAAUUUGAAGACCCUUUUGAGGCGAAGGCUGAAGACGUUCAAGAAAGGUCGGCUGGAUCACCAGUAUUUGUUUCUCACGAGGUUGAAGUUGAAGAAACGACCGAAGUUGUCAAUGAUGAGCGGGAUAAUGAAGAAGAAAAUGCUGGAACGUUCGAAGAAGAGGAGGAUCCAUUGAAGGUCGAAACAGCUGCUGAUCAGGCGCAGUCUAUUUGUUUCUCUGAAGAACCUUCCGAAGAAGAGGAUCAAGGUGGCGUUGUUGAACAACAAUAUGAGGACUCUGUUGCUGAUGAUUAUGCAGAGCACGAUACAUCACAUGCCAAUUUAGCUCAUGAAGAUUCUCCCAGCUCCCUAAUUCAUAUUACCGCCGAAGUUGAAAGAAAUGAACCAGUAGACACUGGAUUGUUAGAAGAAGAAUCCAUAAAAACAACCGUGCAUGAAAGCUUUGAGGAGAUUCGUCCCAGGUCAUCGUCAACCGAAGUUGUUGUACCGUCGUCUUGUCACGUAACUUCUGAGAUCGAAAUUCAGGAAUCUGAAGUUCGACCAAUUAAAGAAGUUGAAGUCGACACGUUGUCCGAGGAAGAACCAGAGAUCGUCGAUAAUGUUGUGGUGCAUGGCAUACCAGAAUCGUCCGAAUCAACAAUUUGUAUAACGACAGAAACAACUUAUCGUCAUAACACGGAGAUCGUACACAAACGYAUGCCAUCCGUCGAAGUUGACGUGUACAACGAGGAAGAAGUUCAAGCUGAAGAGCCAAGAUAUAAGGAGGUUUUACCAAACGGACACUGUACAACAACGUAUAUCACACAUGACGUCGAGGAUGCUACUCUUGAGGAAACCGUGGAAUCCGAGACGRAACAAUACCAAGAGAAGACACCGGGGGUGAUCGACGAAGCCGAUAUUUCAGGCGAAGAAUUUCAACGCGARGAAGACGAUGAAGAUUUGGAAGAGGAACCAUUAUCUGAAGAAGAAUUACUGGAAGAUGAAAUUAUAACUACCAGUCAGGCUGCUGAUGUCUGCUCGUCUCCUGUGGUGGAAACUGAGGAAAGUAGAGAAACUGUCGAAGAUCAACCUAGUACGUUACAGUAUGAAAGCAGAGAAGAGUUACAAGAAGAUGUUGUGGAAGCAAAAACCGAGGAUAAAACUGAAUCGUCCUUUGCUGUUAUAACGCAGCACGAAAGCAAUCGUGUUAUAGAGAUGGAGRAAUCCUCAGAUCAUCAGGCUGAAGUUGUUGAGCAAAMRGAAGAACAAGAACCACAGGGUGAAGAAGACGAAGAACGCAUGGAAAAGGACUCUAUAACGGUAGAGGAGGCAGAACAGAGCGAAAAGGUUGAAAGUGAAGAAGAGCCAGAGGAAGCACAAACUGUAGAACAAUACCUUAAUGAGAAAAACSAAGAAAAGCAAGAACCACAUAUUGAAGACGAUGCUGAAGAAACUUAUGCGCCUGUAAAURCGUCUCGUGUUGAAACAGAACAUGAAACAAUASAAYUAGAGGAUGGAGGGCUUGUUUCYAAAUCUGUAACACGUGAAGAGACCUCUACCGUUGAGGAAGAUGAUAGCGAUAACAGCACGUUGACCAAGAAAAUUAUAACAAGAACAUUUGUAACGACUACAACUACAUCACGGACAGUUACGAGCGACGAGCCAUUAAGUAUAAGCGAAGAUGUCCAAGAUUUUGUAAACGAAAAUAACGUUCCAAUCGAUGAAAUACCUGAACAGGAAUCUCAGCCAGAACCAGCAGAAGAAAARGUGACAGAAGAGGAUGCAAGGGAGACAGAACCCAUAGCAAUAAAUAUCCAAGAAAAUAAAGAAAUCAAUCAGGAAGAUGAGACAGAUAAAGAUAAAGUUACAGAUGAAGAAGAGCAACCCAUAAGAGAGGAAAUCGAUGAUAACAGAGUUGAGGAAUCAGUAGAAGAGGAGGAUGAACAUUUGCUGCAACCAAAAUUUUCAGACGAUCGUUUUGGCUACAUUAGUGAAGAGGAGCUGGAAGAAACUGAAGAACUUUAUACGACACUAAGACAAUCAUCUGAGGAGCAAGAAUACGAGGAAAAAGUAGACGUUGAAAACGUUUACCUUCAACAAACAGUGCCUGGUGUUGUACUUAUGGCAAACCAAGAAGACGAAAAGUUUGAACCGUCGGAAGACGACAUCGCSUACGAUAGUGAAGUCAUAACUGAGGUGGAGAAAGAAAUCACAAGCGCAUUAGUCGUGAAAGAGAGCUUUUCCUCCCCUAUAUAUGAUGAUGGAGAGACUAAGACGGAGGAGCAGCGCAUCGAUCCAUUACAUCCCGUGGAGUUUGUCGACGACACAGACAACGUCGACGAAAGCUUCGAUAAAGAUGAGGAAAUACUUGAGAGAUCCCCUGAAGAAAACGAAGACGUUGAGAGUUCAGAUGAAAAUGUCACGGAGAAGGUACAACUCGUCGAGUUCACUGAGGAAACAGAAGUAAAACAAGAUUUUGUAUACGAACAGCCUAAAGACGAAUCAAGRGAGCAUUCUCCAACACGUUCCUUUGAAGAAGAGGAAGAAGAGGAAGAGGAACUUGAAAGCUCUGGAGAACUAAUGGAAGAAAAUGUUGAAUUAAUUCAGUUUUCCGAGAGAGACAAUGAUGACAAAGUUGAGCAGGUUUCAACAGAACCUUUUGAACGGACUUCUCCAUCUCCAUCUGAUGACGACGAAAAAGAAAUAGAGAGUUCAGAAGAAAAUGUUGAAGAAAGUGUUGAGCUCAUACAAUUUUCUGAAAGAGAUGCACAGGAAGAUGUUGAUGAGGACAAGGAAGAAGCCGAUGRGGACGAGAAAGCUGCAGAAAGCUCAGAAGAGAUCGUUGAAGAAAGUGUCGAAUUGAUACAAUUUUCAGAAACAUCUGAGGAAGAGAAGAUUGUUGAGUUUGAUAACUCCAAAGAAGAAUUUGUCGGAGAAAAAGAAUCAAAGACUGUUGAACUUAUACAAUUUACUGAACAAGAUGAAGAAGAAAAGAGUGAGGAGAACACCAAAAAGGAARCAGAUGUGAUUCACCUAUCGAAAGAACAAGUUGAAGAACAAAUAACAAGAGAAGAAAAAUGUGUCGCCCCAUGUAUUCCAAUUGUUUUAACYGAAUCCACUAAAACAGAACAACAUGAAGAUGAAUUGUGYAUGUUAAAAGAUGAACAAGAUCGCGAUUUUAUUGCAAUAAUGGACGCUCCGUUGGCCUGUUCUACACCAAUAGAUGUAGCGGAUGCGAGAUCAGAUGAUACCUUUGACGAUUCAGGGGAAGCUGGCUUUGGAGAAAACUACGAUGUUAUUGACAAGAUCAUUGCUCAUGACGACUUAGAUGAGCUCCAGCGCUCUUUAGACGUUAGCCAUGAUUCUUUCCGACAUAUAGAAGCCGAGGAAGUUGCUACUAAAGCAGUCGCUGAAGCAGAAGGUCUCGAUGACUCACUUCAAUCACCAAGACCCCAAGAGGUCGACGAAAACGUUACUGCAACAGAACAAGAAAAAGCUGAGUUGGUCGAUCUGUCUCUCUUCGAAAACGACAAGGACAAAGAAUCAGAAAGUUCUGAAGACCAUGUUUCUCCCCCACCAACAAUUUUUGCCACUGAAUUUGUUGCGGAGGAAGAAGAGGAAGGAUCUGACGAAGAAUACAUUCCUCACUUUGACCAUCCAAGAAUCUACAUGGUAGAAGAAAAAGAACUAGUGAUCGAUCCUUCAGUGUCCGAGUCACAACCUGCAGACACUGUGGAUAGCAGCUUUAAGACUGAUAACACAAUGGAUACAGAAUACCCAUCGGAGAUAUCAACGGCAAGUGAGUUAUCUCAGGCAAUUGACCAUGAAGUGGAAACGUCCCAUUCAACCAUCGUCCAUAGUCCAACAUCAGACUUGGAUGAACUAGAGGAAGAAGAUAAGGAGCUAGUCCACAGAAGACAAGAGAAGAUGGAGGAAGUCUUCUUACAGGAGGAAAUUGAAGUUCAAAGCAGUCAUCAAGAAGAAGAAGAGUUAGAAAAGCGCGAAGAAAGAAUGACACAGGUCUCGUACGCCACAACAUUUUCAGCUGUUAUCACACGGCACGAAACUCCAGAGGAACAACAUUACCGUGAGGACCAAGCAACUGUUAUAAUGCAAGAAGAUGAACAAAAAUUAAACGAUAAAGAACCAAAGCAGGAAGAUAUUGCAGCAGAUGAAGCAAUGACUGAGGAUGAUUUCAGAUCUGAUGGACAUUCGAGCAAAUCAGACGAAUCUUUUGAUGACCUCGACGGAACACAAGACGAAAGCCAAAUAGUGACWGAAAGUGUCUACCAAGAGGAAGUUGAUGUGUCAAAGCUAGAGCCCUCUCUUGACGAAGAAGUUUCAGAAGACCAGGAAAGCGCACCAGUUAACGUGAACAUUGAUUUUACAGAAGAAAUAGAAGUCGAACGAGUUCCUGAGGCUGAAGAAGCGCCCAAAUCUCUUGAUGACCACGAGAGAGAAGAGCUAGAUGAAGACGAACGAGACGUCUUCCAGGAAGAAGUUGAAAUUCAACGAGUUGAAGAUACUGCUGAUGAUGACAUAUUUGAAGAGGAAGUAGAAAUCAAAAGAAUGGAACAUUGCGACGAGAAAGAAACGCACCACGUGCGCGAGGAAACGAGUGUGGACGCUGUGUAUGAAGAAGAAUUCGAAAUUGCUGCAGAGCAAAGAAAAGAAGAUGAGUCGAUUGAAGAAAACCAUGGCGUUCUGCUAGCGGAACCCAUGCAAAGUGAUGUGGACGGUAACGACGAGGAACGAGAACACGAUUCUGAGGAGGACAUCAUUCGCGCAGAYGAAGUCCAACAGGAACCCGWAGAGAGUGAUUCACCCGAAUCUGAUCAACAACAGCAUCUGGAGGAGUAUGAAAUUGAAGAAGAGGAUCAAGCCAUUCCACACGAAAUACAAGGUACUAAUGAACAAGAUAAUAUUUAUGAUAACAACAACAAUGAAUCCAUGACACGCUAUUACGUGGACUAUUCACCUGGGGCCAGUUUUGAGCGCGAUUCGACGGCAAGUGAUGACGGAGAGUACCCAGAGGUGUAUAGACAGGGAGAACCCAUGGAAGAAGAUAUGGAAGAGUUUAUACUCGUUAAAUAUGGUGAUGGACACUCUGAUUCAUCGGAAGAGGAAGACUUAUCAGAUCAUCGCGAAAUGUACGUCAUACCAGAAGAAGAUUCGGAAGAACGUCAUCAUACUGAUGGGGAGCAAGAAUUAAAAGAUGAGCCUGACGAAACCGUAUUUUACGAACAGGGGUUCAUGAACCCGGCUUUAGAGGAUAUCAACGAAGAAGAGGAGUACGUUGCCAAGGAUAAAGAUUCGCCGAAAGAUGACGAAGAUGACAUCGAGGAAAAACUUCAACUCGAAGAAUACGAACGCCUCGAGUCCUUUGUCAUGCUGGAAGAAAAGCUCAGUCAAGUCGAAUCCGAUGAGAGCAUGGAAGAUCUAACCGGCGGGACUGGAGAAAAGCGAGCGUCAAGCGAUGAGACACUAAACGACGACGAUGAGCUAGCAGACACCACGAAUACAUCAUCAACCCUAAAAGAUGAGAUCGCCUCAAAGGAAGGAAGUGGAGAAGAAUCCAGUGGAGAACUAGAGAAGACGCUUACAACUGAAGAAGAAGAAAUCAUCGAUCUUGAGGAUGGAGGUGUCUUAAGCAAGCGUACCACGCGAGAAGAGUCCUAUUCCGUUGAAGAGAUGAAUGAAGACAGUGACGGCGAUGAUGACAAAGACAAAACGUUAACUAGGAAAAGAGUAUCCAAAAAGAUMAUCACUACGACUACUACAAGUGCAACCCACGUCACRAAGGUACCAAGCGAGGAAYAUCACAGUUCAGAUGAAGAGAAAGAUGGCGGGAAAGAAGAAAUUUUGCCCGCGCAAGAGSCUUCCAAAGACGAUAAAACCGAAGAACCAACCAAGCCUGAGAACACUUCAUCMAUUGAAACGAAAGAAGAGACAAUAGAACUUGACGAUGGGGGAGUURUGUCCAAGUCGGUGACUCGUGAAGAGACGUGUACGUACGAUGAUGGUGAUGAWGAACAUGGCGACGACGAYAGCUCGGUAACCAAGACGACAGUAACCCGAAAAAUCGUAACGACGACUAACACAACCUCAUCAAAAAGUACACCACUAGACGAACCAACGCUGUGCUUAACCGAAGGAGAUGAGAAUUCCAACAUUGUUGAAGAAACCGCGUCUUCACAACCACAUGAAACGGUCAUCAAAAGCAGGCAGAAUGGAGAAGAAUUGGAGUCGACCAAAAGACAGCUAAGCCGAGAAGGAAGUUUUGCUGAAGCUUCCGUUGAACCCUUAAGAAAGAGACGUGGAUUUAGCCUCGAGGGUUUUGAUUCUCAUGACAGCGAAGGGCACUCUUCUACAACAGACUCGACUGGAGAAUCUACUGGUAGAUCUAAUGAAGACCUUAUCUCUGAUGARGAUUAUUCUGGUUUAGAUGAUUUCCAAAGGGACUGCAUCCGGCAGCAUAACAUUUAUCGUCAUCAGCAUCGAGCCUGCAGACUUGUGUGGUCAGAGGAGCUAUCCAAUGCUGCAGAAGCUUGGGCCGAGCAUUUGGCCGCMAMMAACACGCUGGAGCACACAUCUGACAAAGAACACGGCGAAAAYCUUGCAAGCGCAAAGGGGUACGAGCUUCGUGGCGAUAAAGUUGCCGAAAUGUGGUAUGAUGAAGUAAAGGAAUAUAAUUUUGAAAUCCCAGCCUUCAAUGCCAAAUGUGGCCACUUUACACAAAUGAUCUGGAGAGAUACUARGCAGUUUGGAGUGGCGAAGAGUACAGCAGCCGAUGGUACGCAAUAUGUUGUUGCAAGGUACUACCCACCUGGWAAUGUCUUGGGAGAAUUUAAAACCAGUAUUAGAAGAGCAAGAGGGCAACGAUCAAGCGUUAGGAAGCGACGGCGCUCUAGUGCAAGAAGAAAAACUAGUCAAACUGAUUCUGGUGAUGUUAUUACGCAACAAGAAAAGUUCAAGAACGAAUGCAUUGUAAGCCACAACUACUACAGAUCGCUUCACGGGGCGCAACCUCUCCAGUGGUCAGCUCGUCUUGCGAUCGAGUCUCAAAACUUCGCCGAAAAAUUAGUCCGAAGCGGCUCUUUUAUGCACAGCGGUGAUAAAGAAAUCGGCGARUGUCUUUCCUUCUCAUUUGGCUUGGAAUUGUCCGGACGCGACGCAGUCGAUUCGUGGUACGACGAAAUCGUCGAUUACGAUUACGAGUUUCCCGGCUUCACGUCACACACGGCCAACUUCACACAGCUUGUAUGGCAAGGAACGAAGGAAUUCGGCAUGGGCAAGGCUAUCGGCGACGAUGGCUCGUGUGUCGUGGUAGGCAGGUACUAUCCCCCCGGAAACCAAGUCGGAAACUUCCAAGAGAAUGUUAAACAAAAGCAGCCAGGGUAUUUCUAAGACGGGGGGGCAAUCUUUGGUGAUAUUAGGAUGACGAAAUGCUUCAAAGGGCAAUCUUUUAACGGGACAGCUUAUGAAUAGCGGGGAGUUCUUCUCGCCCAGAAACGCGUAAUUCUUCACGUUCAUGUGAAAAAUAUGAUAUUGCUUUAUUUAUUCUAUCGAGUGCUCGCACUUAAUGCGUGAAACAAAUGGUACUAAUAAUUACGAAAUAGUAUUAAUAGAGUGUUUUAACUAAGUCCGUGAAACAACGUGUCGAAAUUGUAAAAACGCACAGUUGAGUAAUACAGUGAAGUCAAAAAAUCCGUGAAAUAGAUAUCACGCUUGUGCAUUGUUUUCUUUGUGUCUAUUUGAMUUUCACACUUUAGUCAAGUUUUGUUUCACGGGUUUAAUGACUUCACUCUAAGUGUAGUGCUCUUAGUGUUUCACGGUUAACGGCAAYCACUAUAUUAGUUAAAAGGAGUUUUUUUUUAUUAAAACUAUUUUGUAUUAUUCAUGUUAAUAGUGUCUGUACUCUAUUGAGUCUGUUUCAUACCUCGGACCUCACAUGUGACGUCAAUGCAAAUGAGAUGAUAACGAGGGGAAACAACCGCUACGUGUGAAGUUCGACGUCUGAAAAAGCUCCCGUACAGAGAUAUACUGUAUAAAACUUGYGUGAUAUGUGUCGCAUGUAUAAUAGUUAUUUUCCGUACAUGAAGAAUUCGACGUCUAAAAGAAAGAUAACAUAUGUGGUCCGAUUGAUGCGGAGAAGCUUCUCAGGCUUAAACGACAGAUUAUAUGCCUGUUUUAAAAUGAUUGACAUUAAAUCUGAACACUAAACAAGACACUGAACAAAAAGAACAUUAAUCGUGUAACGCUUCUUCAAUUCAGAUGAUUUGCAAACUUGAAAGCUUGAAAUGAUGACCGUUGGUAGUUCUGAGGAGUUCCAGAAAAUAGUAUAUGCCUAAAUAGAAUAACUACAUUGACAGAAAGCUAAGCUUUAAAAUAUUGAUAUAGUUUAGUAAGCUGUAAGCUUAAGAUAAAAUUAUUAGCAUUAGUACAGUCUUGAAUUAAUGYCUUUUAAAUGAAAUAUAGCGUAAUAUUUUUUCAUUCACUUGUUCCGUUUGAGGUAAAGCAGUAGCCUCUUGAAAGGGAAUUUUAACAUUUUUAAAACAUUCGACUUUAGAAGACAGAAGAAUUUUUUUAGUUUUAUGAGAAUAGUAUUAUAAAGCGACAGUUAAUUGGCAUCUUUAAAGCCAAUAUAUUGUCUUUGACAUUUUAUGAGCUUCUUUGAAAACCAUUUGAGUGUCACUGACAUUUUAUUGGCUUUUUAUUGAAAGUUGCAUGACGUUACGUUGGCUUUUUCAAGUCAAUAUAUUGUCUUUGGCAUUCUAUUGGCUUCUUGAUGAUAGCCAUUCUAGUGCCAUUGACAUUUUAUUGGCUUU